AGUUUGACAGAUCAACGUAAAUAAAUAAAUACAAACAAACUAGAAAUUGGAAAUUGCCGACUAAAACUUUGUUAUAACUCUGUAAUUUAUAUUCUAGUUUUCCUAGGAGCCUUCAUUAAGGGUUAAUUGUAGAACAAGACACGAUUUUAAGCAAGUAUAUCUCAAUAGUGAUGAGUUCUGUUACUAAAAAUCUUGAAGUAUGUUGUCGUACUUGCUUGAGAGAACAGGUUGAUACUCUAGAACCUAUGAUUAGUAUAUUUCAGGAAAAUAGUAAUUUAGUUAAUAUUGCUGAACUAAUAUAUUCAAUUACAACUAUCAAGGUUGUAAUGGAGGACCAAUUACCAAAGAAGCUAUGUAAUAUUUGUUACAACUGUUUAUUAAGUUUCAAUGCAUUUAAGAGUGCAGCACUGGAAGCUGAUGCACAGUUACGCAAGCAUGUUUCUAAAACACUCAAUAAAAGUGAUGCGGAUGAAAGCAAUGAUGUUAAAAUUAAACUGGAAAAUGAUUACAAUCAGUAUCAAAUUGAAAUUCAAAUUGGGGAUGACAGUAUUGACUCGGACAUGACAGUUAAGCAUGAAUUAAAUCCAUACAUUGCAGGACCUUCAUAUUCAGACAUAUCUGAUGCCAGCCAACUUGAAGAGUGUCAAACAAAACGCCAAAAAGCUCCAACACUCAAAUGUAAUACUUGCAGUAAAGAGUUUAAAUCACAAAAGAAGCUACAAAUACAUAAACUCAAACAUGCAUACAAUUACACUUGCAAUAUUUGUGCACAAACUUUCAAAUACAAUUAUAGAUAUGUCAAACAUUUGCUCACACAUCGGCAGGGUACUGAAAAUUCUUAUAAGGAUGAAAUAAACCAUAACACAGAUGAGAUGUUACAAUGUGAUGUUUGUCCAGCUUAUUUCAAGUCUGUAAACUCACUUUCUGCUCAUAAAAGAAAACAUGCUUCAAAAGACAGAGUGCUAUCAUGCUCUAUAUGCAGCAAGGUGUUUAAAAAAAUGUCCCAUUUAAAACGCCAUGAGCUAUGUCAUGAGAACAAUCGCCCAUUCAAAUGUUCUCUAUGCCCCAAGACUUUUGUAACGGAGACUAACUUAGCAGAACAUUUAAAUAAACACAAUGGUAUAAAACCUCAUUCCUGUCCUAUCUGUACAAAAUCUUUUGCUCAUCUGUCAACGCUAACAAGUCAUAUAAAGAUUCAUACAAGAGAAAAGCCCCACUUAUGUUCUACUUGUGGGAAAAGGUUUGAGACCAGCAAUAACUUGAAUCAGCAUACGAAAAGGCAUAUUGGACUGAAGACCUUUGCUUGCAAUUUGUGUCCAAGGAAGUUUAUAAGUAAAGGUGAACUGAAGUCCCAUGGUACAACCCAUACAGGAGUGAAAUCUUACACCUGUGAUCAAUGCAACUCCAAAUUUACUAAGAGAAGUUCUUUGACCAAACACAAGUUGAGGCAUUUGGAUAUAAAACCUUAUCAGUGCGAUGCUUGCCCUAUGAAGUUCACAAGUAAAUACCAUCUGAAACGCCACAACAGGAUCCAUACUGGUGAACGUCCGUAUCGUUGUGAGAUAUGCGAUCGUACUUUCACACAGAGCAACGAUUUGGUCAAGCAUACCCGCUCGCAUUUAGGAAAUGCUAUGUAUAAAUGCAACGAAUGUACUCAAAGCUUCAGACUCAAAACAGAACUUCGUCAGCAUAUAUCAGAACAUUUCAUCUCUUCUCAACUGCAAGCUUUAAAAGUGAGUUCGGAAAAAACUCAAGCCUUGGUAGAAAACAGUGAUAGUAUUGUGAAGAUACCACAAGUCACUACAGAGGUUGAGAACAGUCUAAUUCUAGAAGAGGAUAAAAUAGAGAAUUGAUGAAGAAAGAUAGUGAAAAUACCUUUCAUUUCAUGAAUGGUUUUGUAACUUAGGGUGGAUUGCAUCAUGUAACUAUAGCGAUAGACAAAGCAUAAUCAACCGAUCGCCGAUUUGACCAUUUGGCGCCGGCAAUAUAACGACUGGUUAUGGUAUGGUUAUCGUGGUGAAACCCACCCUCAGGAUUCAGGAUACUAAAAAAUCACCUAGCGCCCUACAAAGCUUAUCUUCAUCAUCGCCAAAUUGUUAUAUGUUAUUACAACUAGAAUUGUUAAUUGUCUGAUGAAGAUUACCUCUAGAUAUAUCUCUGUAUAUGCAGGGUAGAGAUCGAAGGUAGGUUAGGUUUAUGUUGUAAUAAGACCAGACCAGACCAGAUAAAUAUUUUUUGAAAAAUUUUCAACUUUUUUACUAUUGAUUAAGAUCGAUUUAUAAAACAUUGUAUUAAAUGUGGUUAUGUGGCUUUGUUGAUGGUUAUUUGAUUUGACAAGGAGUAAAUAAAAUUAUACCUAAUAGUGUAAGUUGAGAUAUUAUUCUUGGUUGUGACAAAUAUGUUUUAAGCAAUUAACUGGAAUAUUAAGCAAUAACAUGUUUAGAGACAAUAUUUAAAAAUAAAUUAAGUUUUUAUG